AUACUACGUGGCACAAGUCCCCAUGCGUGUCAUCCACCCCCGUCUUUCCCUUCCCUUUCUUUUCUUUCCCCUUCGUCUUCUCCCACUCGGUCAUCUCCUGCCGCGAAAAUCAACACCCUCCUCACCCCCACCUCGCCGACGAGCUAUGUGAACAACUGUUUCCACGCCUCCUCCCCCGCUCCCGCUCCCGCUCCCGCUCCCUCUCCCACUCCCACUCCCUGCCCCUCUCCUAUCGGCGGUGAUGGCGACGAAGAGCCUGCUCUCCCGGUCUUUCUCCACCUCUCUCUGAAGCGGUGACUGAUUCUCUGAAAUGGUAAUUAUUAUUUCAAUCACCACUUUGAGAUAAGGCAAGAAACUGUGGAGAACCUUUGCAAUAGACUUCAGCAUAUAUGAGUGAGCAUGGGCUCGGCUUGUUGUGUUGCUGCAAAGGACAGGACCUUAUCCAACAGAACUGGAGGGGAAACUUUGCAUAGGAAUGUCAUAUAUUCACCAUCAUGGAGCUUCCGAUGGGAUAAUCAAGGGCGUGUUAUUGGUGAAAUUGAGGAUCCUUCUUAUCAGCUGUCUCAUGGAAUCAGUAGGCAUGUGAGCAUGGAGAUGAAAGGUGAAUCAGGAUGUAACAAUUCGGAUGGGGGAAGCCCGUUGGAGAUUCUUGGAACACCUGCAUCUCAAAGGUCCCUUGCUCGCGAGGAAAUGGUUAUGAACGCAGCUACUCCUCCUUCAGAUCUAUCCAUGGCAAAUAAUCAUUCUGCAGAGGUAAAGAGUUCAACAGAAUCUCCUGAAAUCACUGGUUCAUGUGCACGAAAGCUUUCUUUUUCUGUCCCUUCAACUUCAUCUUUCUCAACACCAACAGACCCUUUGUCUGUCCAAACUGUUGCAAUUCAUGGAUGCUCAACCCCAUCAAGAAGGGCCCGCCGUUCUCCAGGACAUCAGCUGCUAAGGCAGGUCUCAGAUAGUCGAAUAUUAGGAUUGAAAUCACCUAAUAACAACUCAAUUUCUGAAGGAAGGCCGUCUUUUGUACUCUCCACUUGCAGCAACGACUUGAAUACUGGAUCUCAUGGUGGGUCUUCAGAUGGUUGGUCAAUGCGCACAUUCUCUGAGCUUGUGGCCUCUUCUCAAAGAGAAAGGUGGUCUUUUGAUAGUGAGUUUUUAGGCUCUGGCCGCAGUAAGAUAUGUGGAUCUAGCAGCAGGUUUUCAUAUUCACCAUCAACGGAUCUGCAAAUGUGUGGGGCUUGCUCAAAGAUCUUGACUGAGAGACCAGAGAAAAUUAUUGCCACUAAUGAGCUCUCAGUGGUUGCUGUGCUGGUGUGUGGGCAUGUUUACCAUGCUGAUUGCCUGGAGACAAUGACGUUAGAGGCCAAUAGGUAUGACCCAGCCUGCCCAAUUUGUAUGGUUGGGGAAAAGCAAGCCAUGAGGAUGUCUAGAAAAGCGUUGAGAGGUGAAGUAGAGAUGAAGGGGAGAAACAAUAAAAUAUCCAGAAACCGAGUUGUAGAUAGUUAUCUUGAUGGUGAUUAUGAGGUUUCUGACUAUAGAAAGGCUACUGAUCGAGAAGGAAGGGUUCCCAGAAUGGAACCUUGUUCCAGCACAAGGGGUUCCUUUGUGAAGCCAUUCUUGAAGCGGCACUUUUCACUUGGAUCUAAACGGACUAAACCCCUUUCAGAGAAUGAUACCUCUAGGAAGAAGGGGUUCUGGGCAAGGUACCGGAAGGAUUGAUCUUUUGGUGGGAAAUGCCGGGGAUAUGGUACUCUUUUUGAUGUCAGAAAGUUACCGGGUAUUGCUCAGCUGGAGUUAGCAUCUUACUCCUGGAAUUUCAGCCUCAUUGAUAAUGUAGAUCCCAUGGAUGUUUGCCUCAUAAUGCCCUAUUGACACGGAAGAAUGUAAUGCACGGUUGCACUACCUUUGGAUGUUUUUGUUGUUAGGUGGUGCAGAUUGGAGCAACUUCCAUUUUAGCCAUGGGAAGAAAAGGAUUGCAAAGCUUGAAACAUGAGGUUGAAGUUGGGAGAAACGGCCUUUUGAAACUUCUAUAUGUAUUUUUCUUGUGAUCAAUUGAGUAGAUAUUAGUAUCUUGUUGUGAUAAUAACUAGGGGGGGCACCAGUAGGUGAUAUGAUGGAAAUGACAUCAUUGUAUGCAUUGUAUGAAUUUUUUAAAUGAUUUUUUUUUUCACAGGUUUCUCAGGCAGCUAUCCUUCACAUCUCCCCCCUACCCGCUCCUGUCUCUCUCAUCCAGCCCUUUUUUAUGUUUGAGGGGAGCUAGUUUUUAAAGAAUACUACUAUUCUGAUGGAUUGUAAUAAGUAUAACAGGAACAUGUAUUUGAAAUGGAUGCGAAUCCAACUACCCAUUUUGCGUGGAAGCCAUUUGAACUGGGAAGAUAUUUAUGACACAUUACCAUGUUUAA